AUGUUGUUUUUUAAUGAAACUAUUAGACAAUUGUCUAGCAAUAGUCGGCUACUGCUAAUCAAUGAUAAUAUCAACGAUAUCUAUAAUUAUAUUAAUACCGAUACCACUGUCAAUGAUGAUGAUGACUACUACUACUACAACACCAUUACCGCAGUCACAAACGGGUCGACCAUUACUAGUACUACUACUACUACUACUGGUAGUAGUGGUAGUAAUACUGGUGCUGCCGAUGAUUGCUCGGCCAAUCUGGACAUAUCGGUCAUCGAUUUCCAACGUCUACAAUAUCCGCGACCCGAACUCAUACGAUCGUCAUCGGCUGGUAUAUCAUUGAUAACUAUACUACAAAUAGUAGUCUGCCUAGUGGUCAGCCUAGUCAUACUCGUAGGUAACGGUGCCGUCAUAGUAGCCGUUAUAGUAUGUCAUCAUUUGAGAUCAACUAUCAACUACUACCUAACCAAUCUGGCCGUUUCAUCCAUACUAGUAUGCGGUUUCUGUUUAUGGAUCAAUCAAAUAGAUAUGAUAACCAAACCGUUUUAUCUAUUGGGCUCAUUUAUGUGCAAAUUUAAUGCAUUCAUACAAAUGACAUGUCUGACCUCAUCGGUACUCACACUAUCGGCCAUAUCGUUGGACCGUUUUGUGGCCAUUCUAUAUCCAUUGAAGGCCCGAUUCACUAAACAACGUACCGGACUAAUCAUAUCGGGUAUUUGGUUGGCAUCGAUGAUCAUAUCCAUACCGUUCCUACUGUUUCGCCGACAUCACUAUAUAUAUUGGCAUGAUUUUACCGAAAGUCGAUGUAUGGAAACCUGGCCAACCCCUCGCUACUGGAGCCCCCAGCGACAACAGUGCGUUACAUUGAAUACCUACAAAAAACUAUACUAUUUGUUGGUUACGGUCAUAAUGUUUUUCCUACCUGUCCUCGUAAUGUUGACCGCCUAUUCGUUGAUUGUCAAAAAACUAUGGCAACGUGUCGUACCCGGCGAUUGUCUAACUAAGCGCCAGUAUUCCCGUCAAAUGGCGUCCAAAAAGAGACUCAUUGUACUCUAUUCACAGUUUGGACAUUCAUCCCAUGAUUCAGGAGAGUCACAGUUUACGCAGUUAGCGACCAUUCAAUUUCUGUGA